GGAUACAAAACCGGUAACGAGGCGGGCUACUAUAGAUUAGCGAAAUGAUAAUCUACACGAAUCCGGGAAAUCCAUUCGGAUUGAAGCUACUGAUCUGUGCCAAGUUGGCUAAUAAGGAGGUGCUGGUGAAAACCGUGUCUUUAAAUGAUAUCGAAGUCAAGGAGAUCAAACAUCUGCCGAUCCUGCAGCUACCGAGUGGUGUUCAGCUCUUUUCGACGGACGUUGCCGUUAAGUAUCUGCUGCAGGGUGAAACGCCGGUGAUUCAGCGGGACGAAUGGCUCGAAUGGUCCACUACUCGUUUGGCUCCGGCUUUGACGCACAACAUGGCCGUUGGGCAUCGUCAGGAUCCGAACACCAAGCCGAUCCUCAAUUCCUUGGUCAAGUUCCUCGACGAUUGCUUGAGUAAGAAUACAUUCCUGACCGGGGAUAAGCUAACGUCGGCGGAUAUUUCGGUUUGGAGUUUGCUGGCCCCAGAUGGAACUUUGAAGGGGGCCCAGAACAUUGACAACGUUCUGCGAUGGUAUCGCUCGAUAAACGCCCUGCCGGAAGUGAAGGCCGCAUUGGAAGAGCUUCCAUUGAAAGAGCUGAGUUUUGCCUCGUUGCAGCAUUCCAAUCGAUACGGUGGUCUGCAUCAUAUCAUUCUGGACCCAGAGAUCAUCGACUUUGAAGGACAGGUUUUGGUUGAUACAUCAGAUAACAUUGCUGCCACCGUGCAGAAAGAAGAAAUUCAACUUGCAAAGGAAGCGUUCGUGGUGGUACCAGAUCGUGCUGUCGAAGAUCUGAAGACGGUUCUGCCGAAGGCGGGUGAAAAGAAUAAUUUGGUAACCUCAGCGCUGCCUUAUGUUAACAACGUUCCCCACCUGGGAAAUAUUAUUGGGUGCGUAUUGUCGGCCGAUGUAUUCGCACGGUACUCUAGACUCUGCGGUUACAAUACGCUGUUCAUUUGUGGAACCGAUGAGUACGGUACUGCUACCGAAACGAAAGCAUUGGCUGAAAAGCUUACUCCGAAGCAAAUAUGCGAUAAAUAUUUCGAAAUUCACAACUCCAUCUAUCGCUGGUUCGGCAUAGGAUUCGAUUAUUUUGGUCGGACAACAACCGCUGAACAGACGCAGAUUGUGCAGGAUAUGUUCAAAGAUUUGUACGCUGGAGGUUACAUCGAAACAAGAGCCGUAGAUCAGUUGCUCUGCCAGAAGUGCGAUCGCUAUUUGGCGGAUCGAUUUGUGGAGGGAACAUGCCCUCACCCGGGGUGCGGCUUCGAGGAUGCCCGUGGUGAUCAGUGCGACGCUUGCGGUAAGCUUAUUAACGCCAUCGAGUUGAUUCGUCCAAGAUGCAAAGUUUGCAACACUUCACCGAUCAUUCGUCAGUCCAGUCAGUUCUUCCUGGAUUUACCGAAGAUUGAGCCAAAACUACGAGAUUGGGUUGAUCGCUCGGAACAAGGCUGGACUCAUAAUGCACGCGUUAUUACUCGUGCCUGGCUGAAGGAAGGCCUCAAGUCACGUUGCAUUACUAGGGAUCUUAAGUGGGGUAUUCCAGUUCCCUUGGAAGGAUACGAGGACAAAGUUUUUUACGUCUGGUUCGAUGCUCCGAUCGGAUACAUUUCGAUGACAAGCCGCUACAGUAAAGAUUGGCGACAGUGGUGGCAACCGGAUCAGGACAAGAAGGUCGAUUUAUAUCAGUUCAUGGCAAAGGAUAACGUUCCUUUCCAUUCGGUUAUGUUCCCGGCUUCUCUUAUCGGUAUCGAUAAAGGCUAUACUCUGGUAUCUCAUAUCAUGGCCACUGAAUAUCUCAAUUACGAAGACGGCAAAUUCAGCAAGAGCCGUGGAAUCGGUGUGUUCGGUAACGAUGCGCACGAUACCGGAAUACCAGCCGAUGUUUGGCGUUUCUAUCUUUGUUCAGCUCGUCCCGAAGGACAAGAUUCCAGCUUCAGCUGGAACGAUCUUGCUGCGAGAAAUAACAACGAACUUCUCAAGAAUCUUGGUAACUUCGUGAAUCGGGCCCUUGUGUUUUGCGAAAAAUGUUUCGAUUCUACCGUUCCACCGAUGGCAUUGACUGAAGAUGACUUCACCCUUUUGGCAUUGAUUAAUCGAGAGUUGCGGGGCUAUGUCAACCAGAUGGAACGUGCAAGACUCCGGGACGGUAUUCGACACCUUUUGGCUAUCUCUCGAUAUGGUAAUCAAUUCAUGCAAUCUGAAGAACCGUGGGUUCUCGUGAAAGGAACGGACGACCAAAAGUCACGAGCAGGAACUGUCAUCGGCCUUUGCUGUAAUUUAGCUUGUUUACUAGCCACCCUGAUCUUCCCAUUCAUGCCAGCAACAGCACGCAAUCUCUAUAACCAACUGAACGUCAAAUCUGGACAGCUUGAUUCCGAAAAAACUCAAAUGCGUAUUCUGCUUCCAACUGGUCACAAAAUUGGGAAACUCGCAGUUCUUUUCAACAAGAUAGAACAGACCAAGAUCGAUGAGUUGAAACAGAAGUAUGCCGGACAGCAAGAUUCAUCUCAAAAGCAGAAAAAAACAGUCGGUAAGGGGAACAAACUAUUCACUUCUUUGAAAGAAGCCCAGAAAGCUGUCGACGAACAGGCUGCCAGAGUCCGGAAAAUCAAAUCAACCAGUACCGACAAAAGUGUUUGGCAACCGGAGGUUAACAUUUUGCUGGAGCUGAAAAAACAACUGCAAGCGCUUAGCACACCUAACACAUCGGAGGGAACAUCAAUUUCCAAAGCUGAAGAUGCUCCACCAAUUGCUGCUGCCGUCGCUGCUAAACCCGAACCCGAUUCGAAUGCUAUCAAAACGCUGGAGGAGGAAAUCGCAAAGCAAGGGGAAAAAGUUCGCACCUUAAAAACCGGUGGCGCCGAUAAGACAACCUGGCAACCGGAGGUUACCAUCCUGUUGGCGUUGAAGGAAAAGCUAAGCAAAUUGACCGGAGCACCGCCGGCUGCUGCCGCAGCUCCGGGCAGCGGUAAGAAGAAGAACAAAAAGUAAAUGAUAAACAAAAAACUUGCAUUUACCUACCGUUUUGUGACACACCUCAGUUUUUCCUUAUUUUUUCUUUAUUAACUUAGCCGUUAUAAAAAUGUUGAUCAUUAUUAUGUUCUCUAUCUUCAGUGACACAUAACAUGAAAUACCCU